UAUCUGUACGAGUCAGCCCCGCCCUGUGGUGCCUGUCACUCGUCCUCCGUCUCCUGUGGCCGGUUUGUGCUCUCGGGGCGGCCCGCAGUUCACAGCUUACCGGCCGCUCUUCCCCAGACAACCAGCAAACAGCCAGAUCACCGGCCGGGGAAGAGGGAACACCAUGGACAGCACGGAGAGCCUGAGCAACAGCAGGGACUACCUGAUCUGCAGAAACUGCCACAAAGUGCUCAGAAAGGAUAAGAAAAUCAUAACCUCUCAACCAUCAAGAGGACCAAGUGCCUUUAUACCUGAAAAAGAGUUUGGCCAAAGCAAUGAUGUGGUUACACUUGUUAACCGAUUGGUGGAAGAGUACAGCACGUCCGGCCGCCUGGAUAACAUCACACGAGUCAUGAGCCUCCACCCACAAUAUCUGGAAUCCUUCCUCCGCACGCAGUUUUAUAUGCUACGUAUGGAAGGACCCCUGCCUUAUCAUUACAGACACUACAUUGCUAUCAUGGCUGCAGCACGACAUCAGUGUGCGUACUUGAUAAAUAUGCACGUAGAUGAGUUCUUGAACACAGGGGGAUCAUCAGAAUGGCUGAACGGCCUGGAGUAUGUGCCACAGCGGCUGAAAAACCUUAACGAAAUCAACAAGCUUCUUGCACACAGGCCUUGGCUAAUAACAAAAGAGCACAUACAGAAAUUGGUGAAGACGGGAGAGAACAAUUGGUCGCUGGCUGAGCUGGUGCAUGCGGUGGUACUGCUGGCUCACUACCACGCAUUGGCAAGUUUCGUGUUCGGCAGUGGCAUCAACCCCGACAGAGGCCCCGAUCCUCCAAAUGGGCUCCACUUGGUGGUGAAAAACAAGCUUUGCGUUUGUGAUUUUGCCAACGACAACAGUAUAGAGAACACAAGCCUGACAAGUAACAGCACUGAGAAUGCCGACUAUGAAAGUGAAAUAGAAGUUUUGAUGGAGAGAAUGAAGAAACUCCAAGAAGAAAGAGAAGAGGAAGAAGCAUCGCAGGAAGAGAUGGCCACACGUUUUGAGAAAGAAAAGAAGGAAAGUCUGUUGGUUGUCUCCGGAGCAUUUGACGAUGAAGUGGUUUCAAUGUCCAACGCCUCCCGCUAUAUUGAAGACCCUGGAUUUGGAUAUAAAGAUUUUGCAAGAAGGGGAGAGGAACAUCUGCCUACAUUCCGAGCACAUGACUACUCUUGGGAAGACCAUGGAUUCUCGCUGGUAAACCGGCUUUAUUCUGACAUUGGCCACCUUCUAGAUGACAAGUUCCGGAUGGUCUACAAUCUCACCUACAACACCAUGGCCACGCACGAAGACGUCGACACCACCAUGUUAAGAAGAGCCUUGUUUAACUAUGUGCACUGUAUGUUUGGAAUCAGGUACGAUGACUACGAUUAUGGGGAAGUUAAUCAAUUACUUGAGAGAAGCCUCAAGGUUUACAUUAAAACUCUGACCUGUUACCCCGAGCGAGCCACAAAACGCAUGUAUGACAGCUAUUGGCGUCAGUUCAAGCACUCUGAAAAGGUCCACGUCAAUCUGCUCCUAAUGGAGGCCCGCAUGCAGGCCGAACUCCUCUACGCUCUACGAGCAAUCACCCGACACUUGACCUGAGGUUCGUCACAUCGCCCGGGAUGCGCCGGCAACAUCAUCAUUCAGUUCAGCAGCAAGAGAGGCCCCUGUCAUGUAGCAUCAAACAUAUGCAUUUCUCGUGUCAGUGCUGGCCCACUCAAUGUGGCAGUAAUGUGCAAUCAUCUGUGUUCUAUUUUCUACGAUGCUUUAUCUUUACUAAUGUUAGCAAAACGGCACUACUAUAAAAUAUAUAUUUUUUCUUUUUUUCUUUUUUUUUUAUUACAUUUUGGCAGUAACUAAUCCACACUGCUUUUCCAGAGAGCUCUUUGUUUAGACACAGGAUUUAUUUUGUUGGAUUUUUUUUGUACAUAGAUAUGUAAAUGUAGCAAUUCUGGUUUGCCUUGUUCCAGUAAAGUUUAGUGCUUUGUUUAUAUAAGAGAGAAAAAAAACAGAAAAAAAAAAACAGGAAUAUAAGCUGUUCUGUCUAACUGAUACACAAAAGGGCUUAUACGGUGAGGCAAUGCAGAGUACUGAGAGUCUACACAGUGCAGUAUCAACCAAUCAUAAAUAGAUUUCUGGGUGGAUCAUGGCAUGGUUCGAUUCCCCUACUGCUUCUUUCUUGCUGUCUUGGUUCUCCUCAAUAUGAAGCUACUUUGAGUGCUGGCCACCAUCUUCAUUCAUAGGGGUAUUCAUUAGAGAGCACAUAAUACAAUAUUUCUAUGUCGGAGCUACUUUGUGUGCUUGCCAUCACAUUCUCCAUCUAUGGGGUAUCCAUUAGAGGGCACAUAAUACAAGAUGUUCAUGUCCUGCCCCAUUGUCGACUGGGUGAAAGAAUGUAGUCCUCUUUUAAAAGGCUGUCUGAUGUGGGUUGCCCAAUCUCAAGUACCCCUUUGACAUGGGUUUAUGUAUUCUCAAAAAUCGUUGAUAUCUAUAAAACAGUAAAAUCAUAGAUGAUUCAUGGGACCCAUUGGUUGUGAUCGGAGGAUUUUUUGAAAUAAGUAGAAAACAUUCAACAGAUCCCAGCAGACGCCUUGAAGCACUUCGCAGUCACGAGUGAAUAAUCACAGGACCUUCAUUAACUCCAAUAAAUACUCUGAUUACUGCAAAUGGUCCAUCUUCUUGUUCCUUAAGUGCAGUCACAUCCAGACAAGGCUGGGGGCACCAUGAAGCAAACAACAAAGGGUAGUUUGAGAAAAUCUCUUGAGGAUGACAUCCGGAAAGAUAGCCACCCUUGCUUAGAUUGGUUACCCGAUUGCCAGCUCUUGACUGCAGCUGAUGCAUGGAUCUGUGGUCCUUUCCUCUGCUCUAUAGAAGCGUGAAGGAUGUAAAUACUCCCUGUGUGCCAAUGAGCUCUACCUUAUACCAGAGACCCUUCUUGUUGCCUCCUAGGUGUUCAGAAAUCUUAAGAAGUUCUCCAAAUCAAUUCUUGUAAUUAUCAGGGCACCUACUGCCACCUUGAAAAGACCUUUGAGUUAUUUGCUAAAACUCUAAGCAUAUAUGAGUUCAUGAUGUAGAAAUAUGCCCCUCAUCCCUGGAACCCACCAGUAGCACAUCCUGGGGUACACAAACCAACUAUUCAGGACCACAUUGCAAGUGGAUUCUUAGGAGGAAUCUCUGGAGAACUUAGAACAGUGACAACAGUACCCUGUUGCUACACCAUGCUGGUCAUUGAGAGAUGUCCCUAACAGGGUGUCAAGUAGCAGGGAAGAAGCAGCAGGAGAUCAAACCUUAACUCCAUCCACAACGGGCACAUUUCUGUAAAGUUGCUCCUUCCCUCAUCUGUAAUGAACUGAAGGUGCUUCCUGCACUGUCUUAUCGAAUUAGCCCAAGAAGGCUUUUUCUGACCAAUCUGCCAGAAAAAUUGGUCGGAAAAGCUGAAUCUGUGCCAUAAGUUGAAGUUCUAUAUCAUUAUGUAUUAUGAUAGCAGCGUCUGCGUCCAUGUUACAAAGAGGUGGAUUUGGACAUGGACGGUGGUCGCCAGCGUGAAAAAAAAUGUGAACGUUCUCUUUAUACCAUGGAAUAUUCUGCAGCAUGCUACUGAUGUGUAAAGCUCUGCAUUUUAGUUAUACUCUCUAACGGCUCUGUCCACCCAGAACAUAGUCCUCAGUAAUAGGAGAAUACAGAUGAGCUGAAUUCAUUGACUUAUUAUAUCUUGGCCUUUCCAGGGGAAAAACUUCCUUUCUGGUCUUCUCUGUAAUUGUGAAAGUACAUAAUAAAUGAAAAGUGAGCUUGUCUCCUCAUAGCUGACACAGGCAGACAGGUCUGUGCACAGUACAGCAGAGAUCCACACUGAAAGUCAUAAAGAGCCAUUUGGUAAUUAAGGCACCAAACCUGAAAUGGUAGUUUUGGGUGGACUGACCCUUUAAAACAGAAGAUUUUUAUUGAUUUUAUUUCCGUUCAUCAUUCGGGCAUAGCUGAGGAAGUGUGGUUUUUUUUUUUUUUUUUUUUUUUCAUACUUUUUAUUAUGAAAUACCAAAGUGUGCUCAGAAAACAUAGAAACCAGUCAGAGGCACCUGGUUCAAGACCGUUCAAAUAAGCAUUAGUCUGCUGUUAAAGCCUGGAAGACGGUGGGAUUGAUUUACUAAAACUGGUGCAUUGUAGCCAAUCAGCUUCUAACUUCAGCUUGUUGAAUUAAGCUUUGGCAAACAAUCCUGGUAGCUGAUUGGUUUCUAUGCAGAUACCAGAUGUGCACGCUCCAGUUUUAGUCAAAUCAACCCAAGUAUUUUAAAAGGACCACUAAAACUAAAGCAAGACGUUACUUUAUGUGAAGGGGUUAAAGAUAACAUUCGCAAAUCUGUAUGUUAAAGGGCCCAGUUCUACACAAAAACUUGAGAUUUAUGCAAGUUUGCUGUUGUCUAGGUAGUUGCGAUUUAAAGUAACCCUGUCUCCAGAAAAUAAAAAGCAAUCCUGCAAUAACAGUUAUAAUACUUAUCUGUCCGGAUGGCUGGGACUCUGAUCUUCACUCUUACAUGCCACUCACACUUGUCAUACAACUUUGGACAUCAUAGUCUCAUGACAAGUCCUUUCCUAUGUUUUCCACUGAUAACUACUUCAAAGUAGUUCAUUCAUUACUUUGGUCCAACUUUCAUGCAACUUGAGGGCCAUAGACUUCAAUGUGUUCAAUGUUACCCUCAAAAGCUGCAUCAAAGUCGUACCUGAAUGUUUGUUUUACAUUCAACAGUGGUUCUGGCUUUGCAGAGGGACAAUAAGUCACAUCCAAGUUGCACUCCCAAGUCGUGCAACUUCGGAGUAGUACAAGUGUGAAUGGAGGCUUAUAAAGAGUUCUGCCAGCUGAAAAAAACUUUCAGAAUCCAACACGGUUCUGGAAAUGUUAAGUGCCUGCAUCAGUCAACUUCUAUGUCACUAUAGCUGUGCGUAGUCACAGUAGCUAUAAAGCGGAUAGCGUGUGGAAUCACAGCCCGUGAGGGGGGCUGCAGGUAUCUGAAACACCCCAGAAGUGUGUUGGAUCUGAAUAUUUUUCAGCCGGUAUGAGUCAAGAGAGUGAAGACCAGAGUCACCGUCCUUGAGAUUGGUAAUAUAGCUCUUCUUUUGCCGAGUGACUUAUUAAAAAAAAAAAAUUCUGGAUAGAAUUAUUUUUAGGCUAGAAGAGUUCUUGAAGGUUACUGGACAAGGAUGUCGGAUGGUUACGGGGAAAUAUCACUUGUUUUUAAACCAACUUCAAUUUCCGUAUAUUCAGAUUUGAUGGCCUAUGAAUUUUAUCUGGUGCUCUUCUACAUAGAACAACUGCUUGCUUGCGUUUACUGGCUCCCAGCAUUGAAUACCUUUAUAAUGUGUCAUGUUGGUGGCCUUUAAAGGCUACUCUUAAAAUAUAAGCUACUUGAUGGAGCUUCCAAUCUAUUGUAUAGAAUCAAACAGAGUUUCAAUAUAUUAUUCAUCUUUGAAAGAUGUACUAAUAACGUUCCUUCAUGUUGUUGUUAGAAACAACAACCAUGCCUUGUUCCUUGGGGAAUGUUUCCACUGCUCACUGGAUUUCCUGUCUAGAAUAUCUUAGUUUCUGUAAAUGAAACGUUUGCCGUUUUAAACUCUGAACUGCAUCGAACAUGUCCACACCUCCCAAACAAUGGUGGGAGGACCCUGAUUAUCAAUCUACUUGGAGAAGGUGGAGUUUGGUGACACUGCUGUGGAUUUGUCCAAAUAAAGUGAAUUGGGUUGUGGUUUUAGAGCAGAUUAGCCUAGGCUGAAUUGUCCUGACGAUGUAAAAACGUUGGGAGUGUGAUUAUUAUUUCUAUUGUUGCCAGUUGCCUUUUCAGCUUUUGGUUGUCUGAUGAUCAAAAUGUUUUUCUCAAAUAAUUUCACAAUAAAAGUCGGCUCCACCAAAAAAAGAUAUUUCGGACUUUAUAUAGCAAGGAAACAUUACAGUAGUUUGGGUCUAUGCCCGCUUUCCUUACUAUAACUGUGAAGGUCCCACUGUCCUGUACCCACAACCAUUUGUUUAUUAUGCAUUGUAAGCCUCAUUUGGCUUUAUACUGGGCAGAACUUGAAAAUCUGGUAAAAAUCCAAGGAAGAUAGCAAGCAACUCACAUUGCCUGCAACCAUGCAAAACUAAAAUCUCAAUUUUGGGUGGAGUUGCCCUUUAACCCUCAAGUUUAUAUUUUUGCAUUCGUUAAAACAAAGCCUUUUAUAAGGGUUGAAUAAGCAAGAAAAAUGGUGAUGUAUUUUUUUUUUUUUUGGAAUGUGAAUUGAGGAAGUGGUGACGUCUCUGAAGCACUUUUUAAUUGAUAGCUGCCUUUUUGUGAAUGUCUGGUCACCUGGCGAAAUCGGUCAGCUGAUCUUAAAGAGCACAAUUUGCCAUUUUGUACGCUGAGGCAGUAAUUUGUCCAUCAGUGUUUUAUAAUCCGUGCCAUCAUAGAGGCAUGGUCUAGUUUGUUUCUCAGUGGUAAAAGUAGCCUUGUGACCACUUACCAUUUGUGAUAGGCUAGUUACUGUUUUCGGUCAACAGCAUGGCUUCCUCCACUAUGUCCAGGUGUAGCACAAUUAUCUCUGACAAAGCAACUGUCAGGCGAAGUGACAAGGAUGUGCCUGUUUUGACUUGACUAGUGGCUAUAUCCCUCAUACCAAGAGCAAUAAGAUUAGAGUUAUGAUUGGUUAUAAGUUUUUUUGUGUAUUUGUAUGGGAUCAUGUGUUUGGAUUGUGCUGUUUAUAAAGGGGUAGGCUAUUGAGAGCUGACGUUUCAGUUGUCCACUGGCUUCUCAUUGUUGGUAGGACUUUAGUAUGUGAAGGAGCAGUCUGUACAGCAAGCACUUACAAAAUAUUUGCAAAGAUUUUAAAAAGCUCCCAUCUUUGGGGAAUCUUUGAAAUAAAACUUCAGUUCCAGUAUUGAGAUGUUAAACACAAAUCUGCUUGAAGCUUGGUAAGGGGCCCACUUACAAACUGCUCUUAUACAAGCUGACGCCUGUAUGUACAAGGCCUUAGGAAGUCAGGAGAUCUCCUUGUCUGCUUUCCCAAUUCCUAUACCCCCUCCCCUGCACCGAUAGACUCCCUUGUGGGUGGGAACUUGGGUGUUAGCUAGGGUCUUCAAUCCACUAACUAACCUUCUAUUGUGCCCUGGCUAUGCCAAGUCCAUCGGAAACUCAGGUUCUUAAUGGGCUGAUCCUUUCAAUCUAUACUAAUGGCAGUUGUCAUUUGGAACUUAGUGGAUUGCAUUCAGCAUGCUUGGACUACUUAAUACUCACCAAGGCUACAGGAAACGCAAUUACAUGUUUGCUUAGUUAAUCAUGACCAAUCUCAGCUGAGGUUGACCAUAAACAUGGGCUUGCCAUUGAAACAGAGCAACACCAAAACGGCAUUCAAUAUAUCGAGAGGUUGUCUUUUUGGGACAGUUAUAACUACUGCAGCAGCCAAAUAAAUAAUCAAAUAGAUUGCUAGCUAAAUAAUUCUACAACUAAAUAGCUCUUGACAAAUGAGAUAGCUCUCAUUUCUCCUCUAGACUGUUUUUCUGUAUAAAUCUUCAUAGACCAGGGGUCUCACUCCCUCUACUACACUUUUUUUUUCAACUUUAUUCACCUAUGUGCUGAUUUAUAAAAGCCAAUGUUCAUCAAGUCCUACUUGGUGUCAGUUUAUAUCAAAUACCCCUCAAAGUAUUUAAAGGUAUAUGCCUAUACCACCUGAUUGCAUUUUUAUUUAUUUUUUUCAAUUCAUUCCUUGGGGCUUAAAGUGAUUUGUGCCAUUCCUCCUGGUAUUCCAUCUUGCAGUAUCUCCUGUAAGCUUUUUAUUCCUCCCUCUCUUAUGUCACACCUUUCUAGCAAUCUUUAUAUAGCAACUGUGCAAACGCUGUGUAAAAAUUCACUCACUUUCACUUUAAUGAUCCGUAGAGUUUUAUUUUCCAAUUGGCUGGAAUUUAUAAAAAUAAGUAAUUCAAGCCAAUCAGUAAAGAGGAAUGCCAUUGUAUCCUAAUGCUUUGUAGAAGGCAACUUUACCUCCCAGUUUGAGUUUUCACAGCUGCUAUCUAGGAAUUGCUAGAGAGCUUUAAAUGAGAGAACGAACAAAAAGAGCUUACGAUAGUUUCUAUACACAAGUACUAUAAGAUUAGAUAGCAUGAUGGAUGUAAAAAUAAAUACUUUCACAGAUCUAUCUUAUCCAAUAAAUGUCUUGGAUGUCUUAUCUUAUCUUAUAUUGGAUGUCUUAUCCAAUAAAAUGAUAAAGUCCACAGGCAAAAGUACCCCUUAAUAUACAUGUGAUACUGAUUCAGAAACACUGCUUUUCUGCAUUCUACAUAAUACAAAGUAGAAUAGUAAAAAAUUUGUAAGGUUCAUAAUGACUCUUGACAGUUGGCUGGAGCUGACGCUUUAAUUGUUGAGAUGUCACCUCAAGGUUGUAAGAAUGCUUGAUCUCAGUCCCUGCCUACCCACCUGAAAUACAAGUGUUUUGUGGACUGACCCUUAAAUAAGAAUUGGAUAUAACAAAGUUAACGAAUAAACUAUAACUACCACCAUAUAUGUAAACCUGUAUGUAUCACUACCUGUUCUUAUAUCAAGAAUCUGUCACAAUGCUAUAUGCCUUACAUACACUAUAUGGCCAAAAGCUUGUAGAAAACUGACAAUCACAUUUAAUUGAGCUUGUUGGACAUCCCAUUCCAAAAUAGUAGUUGCCAUUAUGAAGUUGCCCCUAUUAGUUUGCAACUACAAUAGACUCCAUUCCUCUGGAAAGGCCUUCUACAAGAUUUUAAAGUAAUUUGUACGGUCAGAUACUGAUGCUGGAUAAGAAGACUUGACUCUAGCAUUCCAAUUCAUCCAGAGGGUAUUCAGUGAGUGAGGUUGAGGUCAGGUCACUCCAUUUCCUCCACACAAAAAUCAUCAAACCAUGUCUUCAUGGAGUUGGCUUUGUUCACAGGGGAACAGUCUUAUUGAAACAGAAAAUGGCCUUCCCCAAACUAUUGCUACAAGGUUGAAAGCACACAAUUAUCUCAAAUAUCUUUGUAUGUUUGUAGUAUUUACAUUAUUGAAAACACCUCAACUCAAAAAUUUGGAGGGGUGUCCACAUAGUAGCUAAAGUCUCCACAAACAUUGGCCAUAUAAUGUAGGUUUUGUGACCGUCGUCCUUCGUACAUUUGGACUCCAGGUGCCUCCUGUGUUUUCAAAGUAUUACAUAUCCUCCCAGCAAAAAGUUUCAAACCCAUCUCCGGCUGGCUGUAGGGUGCCAAGCCACAUCAUAUGCAGCUCCCUUGGUCAGUGAAAGGGUUGGGUUGAAAAACGCUGACCAAAAGUGACUAUUUGCACAUCGUUUCCUGCACCCUUUCCUCUUCCUAUUCAGAGAGCAGGGUGUCUUUUGUACUUGACCUAAUUGUAUUUUUUUUUUCUUUCAAAUGUUUGAAAUGUUUACUUCAAAUUCAUUUUACCUUCAUUCAUCAGUGUACUAAUGAUGGCACCAAGCUGUGAUAUUUUGUAUGCAAUGUUGUAAGUGAACAAAGGUAAAGUGCAAUAUAUCAUUGAAAUAGCCA